UGUUAUGUUGCGUCAUUUCUGGUAGAUCUGACCGACUUCCGUACGCUGCGCGGAUAUUCAGGCCUCUUUACAACUCGGCUGGCUAAGAUGGCGGAUGCACAAACCGAGAGGGCUUAUCAGAAACAGCCUACCAUCUUCCAGAACAAGAAGCGUGUUCUGGCCACUGAUGGAGGCAAGGAGAGUAAAGAAAAGCUCCCCCGGUACCAUAAAAGUGUCGGGCUGGGCUUCAAAACCCCAAGAGAGGCUAUUGAUGGCACUUAUAUAGAUAAAAAAUGCCCAUUUACUGGAAAUGUCUCCAUCCGUGGCCGUAUCCUCUCAGGUGUGGUGACAAAGAUGAAGAUGCAGAGGACCAUCGUCAUCCGACGUGACUAUCUUCAUUACAUAAAGAAAUACAACCGUUUUGAGAAGCGGCAUAAGAACUUGUCUGUGCAUCUGUCACCAUGCUUCAGGGAUGUCUCGAUUGGUGACAUCGUGACGGUCGGGGAGUGCCGACCGCUGAGCAAGACAGUGAGGUUCAACGUCCUCAAGGUGACAAAGGCGGCUGGUGCCAAGAAGCAGUUCCAGAAGUUCUAAGACUGGCAAGAGAAAUGUCACCUUUAAAUAAACAGUUUGAAUAUGA